AUGUUCGCACUAAACUCGGCGUGGGGCUCAACGACCGCCAACUACCUGCCGGUCUACUACCAGCACACCGCCGGGUUCUCAAAGAUGCAGAUUGGUUUACUACAAACGCUGCCCAGCAUCGCUGCCAUCUUGGGCCCACCUUUCUGGGGCGGCGUCGCCGAUCGAAUUCGGAACCAGCGGUUCAUCCAUGUGUUCUGCAUCGUCAGCGGCACGUUACUCCAGUUCUCAACCCGGUAUUUUUACUGGUCACUUAGCUGGACUGCAGUCAUGGUACUUAUCAGUCAGAUCCAGAGUGGCCCCGCUGGUUCAUUGCUGGAUCACGCGGUGCUCGAUUUAUUAGCACGAGAAGGAGGGGAAUAUGGACGACAGAGACUAUUUGGAGCGGUAGGGUGGGGCAUCGGAACUUACUUGACUGGUAUCGCGGUGGCGUUGGGAGGGAUCUUUUGGUCAUUUAAUUUGUGUCUGAUUGUGGGAUUUUCAACGCUGCUAGUGCUGCAUCGAAUCCCUUCUGUCAAGUACGAGGAGUACACUGCGCUGGAGACGACAGACGAAGGAGAACAAGACGUCUCAGAUGCUGCCCCAUCAUUUUUGAAGACGGCACGCCUGAUUUCCAAACAUUUGGACGUGCUGGUGCUACUCGGUGUUGUUUUCAUAAUGGGAAAUAUGCAUGGGGUAUUCUCAAGUUUUCUUCAGCUCAAUCUGUACAACCUUGCGGGCGACGAUCCCCAUAUUAUCGGUGUAGCUAUCAUGUGUGAAACAUCGUCGGAGCUGCCUGCAUUUUUCUUCGCUGAUAAAAUCGUCAAGAAAAUUGGCACAGUGAAUGUGUUGCUGGUGGCUAUUGUGGGCUACAUUUUACGAAUUUCAUAUUACGCUCUGAUGACGAAUGCAUGGGGUGCAAUUCCGUUCGAGUUCUUGCAUGGCAUCACGUUCGGAUUAACGUGGGCUGCUUGCACGCAGUAUGUGUUUUCAGCUGCACCUCGCGGUUGUAAGGGAACCGUCAUGGGGGUCCUUAGCGCCGUUCAAAAUGGUUUGGCACGAGCUUCAGGCACGCUGAUCGGUGGAUACUUCUACGAAAACUAUGGCGCUCGCGCGAUGUGGACCGUCACGGGGUUUGGCAUACCUCUAUCCCUAGUUAGCCAGGUUGCUUUGUUCUCUCCACACCGAGGAGAUCUGCAAGGUCUAAAGUCUCCCACGCUUCAACAGGGAUUUAACACUUCUACGCAUCACACCUACGAUUCGGUCCAAUAA